GUAGGUGGGGACCACCAGCACCCGGAAGAGAAAGUCGAGGAGGACAGUGUUGUGAUUGCUACAGCAUAUAUAUUUCGACAUAAUGCAAAUUAUGUAUUAUGUAAUUAUUAUCUUUAAAAAAAAAAAAAUCAUUGGCCAGAUUUAGCCCGAAGACAAGGAGCGAGAAAUGUGUUAUUAUUUGUUUGUUAGUUGCCGGUAGUUCUCCGUGGUGCUGAAUCACAGCAAACAGGGGGACUGUUCUUAUUAUCAUUAAUUCGCCACCAAAACCCCAUCAAAGAUAAUACACAACACCACCUUUAACUCGCCGUGUUUGUGCAGGGUGUACACGUGGUCGUAUCAGCUGGAUUCGUUCUGUCCCGCCCCUUCCCGAGCGCUUGUUGGGCUUGUACAGCACCGGAUUACAUCGCUGCUGACUUCCCCCAUCGGUGUGUUUUUGUAAAGACUAUUUUCGGCGAAUAAAACGUGUUUGGGGACAGAGCAGUUCAAAUGGUUCUCGGAUGGAGGGCAUUUGCUUCAGCAAGAUGAAACAAUGGCGAAUCCAGACUUUAUUCCGCUGGCUGCUGUGUGUCGGUAUUUUGCCGACUGUUUCCCGCAAUCCGCAAACUUGUUGCCAGCUGUUUGGGGAUUUUGCUGUCAUCAUAAUCCUGUAGACCUUCUUUGCAUCCAGCUCAGAGGCUUUAUUGAAACAGGACUCGAGGUUAACAUCUGCUUGUUGGUGUGCUCAUGGAAGAUAUGCUCAGAAACUCCUAAAGGAUUUGUUCACAAACUACACUAGCGCACUGAGGCCUGUAGAGGACACAAACACCAUCCUGAAUGUAACUCUACAGGUUACACUCUCCCAGAUAAUUGACAUGGAUGAGCGAAACCAAAUUCUAACUGCAUAUUUAUGGAUACGGCAAGUGUGGUUUGAUGCACACCUUAAAUGGAAUAAAGAUGAUUAUGACGGCCUUGAUACCAUCCGCAUACCGGGUAGUUAUGUAUGGAGACCUGAUAUAGUUCUCUAUAACAGCGCAGAUGAUCAUUUCACUGGUCCCAUGGACACCAAUGUGGUGAUUCGACAUGAUGGACAGAUAAUGUGGGAUUCUCCAGCAAUCACUAAGAGCUCAUGCAAAGUGGAUGUGUCUUUCUUCCCCUUUGAUGCGCAGCAAUGCCGGUUCACCUACGGCUCCUGGACCUACAACGGUAACCAGCUUGACAUCCUUAAUGCAAUGGAGAGUGCUGACCUGGCUGACCUGGUGGAAAACGUUGAGUGGGAGGUGCUUGGUAUGCCGGCUAAGAAGAGCAUUGUUCUUUAUGGUUGCUGUGCUGACCCUUACCCAGAUGUGACAUACACACUGAAACUUAAGAGGAAAGCAUCCUUCUAUGUCUUCAACCUGCUCAUACCAUGUGUGAUGAUCUCUUUUCUGGCACCACUUGGUUUCUACCUUCCUGCUGACUCUGGAGAGAAGGUGUCAUUGGGUGUCACAGUGAUGCUGGCACUCACUGUCUUUCAGUUACUAGUUGCAGAGAUCAUGCCCCCCUCUGAGAAUGUACCACUAAUUGGAAAAUAUUACAUUGCAACAAUGACAAUGAUUACAGCCUCCACUGCUCUGACCAUAUUUGUCAUGAACAUACACCACUGUGGCCCUGAUGCCAAGCCUGUUCCCAAAUGGGCCAAGAAAGUCAUUCUGCAGUACAUGGCCAGAAUGUGCUUUGUUUAUGAAGUUGGGGAGAACUGCAUGUCACCUCAGCCAGAGAAACAGGAGCCUCCUCCUGUACAGAACACCAACUGCACCAUGAAUGGUCAGGCGGGACCGGGCAGAGAGGACUGCAUCUUCAGAAUGGAGAGAGGACAAGAGAUAGUGGGACCUAUGCCCACAGAGGAAAAAGAAGACAUGGAUCAGAUGCUGUCUCCUAUAGGCUCAAUCGGGAAGAACCCUACUAGCAACUACAGCUCUUGGAAGAAUGGCAUUUUUGCAAGCCUGGACUGUGGUGACUCAGGGGAGGGGAGGAGAUGCAGGAAGGGAGGAGUGAGUGAUGGAGAGAAAAAAGACAGAGAGAUUUCCUGCAGCAUCCAAAGCAAUGAAACACAGCUCUUGCGUAACAUAGAGUAUAUAGCCAACUGCCACAGAGAUCAGAGGGCCACGCAGAAAAGGACUGGAGAGUGGAAGAAGGUGGCCAAAGUUUUAGACCGCUUCUUCAUGUGGAUUUUUUUCAUUAUGGUGUUUUUCAUGAGCCUUCUCAUCAUGGGCAAAACCAUAUAACUGCAGACCUUUUCAGAAGGUUUGGUGACAGCAUGAAAUGCCGUUAAUAGCAUAAAGAUCAUUCCAGGUUAGGACAGGAAUAAUCCAGUAUUAUCAGAUUCUGUAAAAGUUUCUCAUAUUUCCAGGAAUGUUUGAGAUUUCACCUACUAUUACAAACCUUUUUGUGAGUAGAAUUAAAUCUUUGAUAAAGUUGUUGUUUAUGGACUUUCUCCCCUUGCUAUGUGAAAGUUAUUCCACUCACCCAAGAAGUGGGAAGUUCUUUUGUCAAAUCUAUAUAUUUUAUGAUAAUGAUAUUUUUUCAGUUGUUCACUAUUGAGUUCUUCUUUUAAAAAAUAAAAUACAGAUUAAUUUCUAUACAGGAA